CUUCGAACCCAAAAAAAGACAACAGAUAUGUCUGGAUCAUCUCAAGCCUCUGACCUUUACGCUCGUAUGGGCUUCAUAAAGAAUCAAGAUGGCACCAUCACUCGCGACCCCACCAAACCCCGCGGCGUCCGCGCCCCAGCCACACCUGAUCCCUUCCCGCAAGUCAUAUCCAAAGACUUUGUUGUGAACCACUCAAAGUCAACAUGGAUGCGUGUCUACGUCCCCACUACCGCACCAUACGGCGGCGUUUCGCCCAAAAAACUACCUCUCGUUGUCUACUACCACGGUGGAGGUUUCAUCGGCCAAGGCUUCGACCUCGAACCAGUCCACGACUUCUGCAACCGCCUGGCGCUUCAGAGCAACGCGGUCAUCGCGUCAGCUUCGUACCGGCUAGCUCCCGAGUUUAAACUCCCGGCGGCUUACGACGACGGAGAGGAUGCUCUGAUUUGGAUCAAAUACUCCGCUGACGAGGAGUGGAUCAAAUCUUACGCCGAUAUUUCUAACGUGUUCCUCAUGGGCUCAAACGCAGGUGGUAACUUGGCUUACAACGUCUGGCUUAGACCAGCCGUCAGGGAACUAGCUCCGUUACGUAUCCGUGGGUUGAUCUUACACGAUCCCUUCUUCGGCGGCGAAAAGCGGUGCAAGUCUGAGAUCAGAAAUGUGAAUGAUAAGUUUCUUCCGCCUAUACUCACCGACAUUUGGUGGAACCUUUGUCUCCCUGACGGAGCUGACCGGGAUCACAAGUAUUCAAAUCCGACGGUGGGAGAUGACAUGGAGAAAAUCGGACGGUUGGGAUGGAAGGCGAUGGUGACUGGAAAAGUAGAAGGACGUGCGUUGAUAGAUAGGCAGAGAGAUGUGGCGAAGUUGAUGAAGGAGAAGGGAGUUGAUGUGGUGGAGGGUUUUACCGACGACGAUGUGCUUGCUUCCAUCAGAACUUUCAUUUACUCUUCUGCUCAGUUAAGGUUUUUCUAAAACAAAUUCCAUAAAAUAAAGGUUCUUCUGUAUUAGAGGCCAGUCCCAUAUCUUAUGCUCAUUAUGUAUUGGUUUGUGGAAAAUUUAUAAAUAAGAAUAAUAUUGUAAGAAUUCACAAAUAAAGAUGAAUAUUGGAUGCUC